AUGGAUAAACUGUGUGAAAACAGAAUAUUUAAAGAUGUACAGCUCUCUGUGCUGUGGUGGCGGCGUAAGAGCAGAGUACGAACUGCAGCAGGUGGAGUCACGGUAGGACAGGCAUUUAGAAAGUUUCUUCCCCUCUUUGACCGAGUAUUGGUUGAAAGAAGUGCCGGCAAAACUGUAACCAAAGGAGGCAUUAUGCUUCCAGAAAAAUCACAAGGAAAAGUAUUGCAAGCAACGGUAGUAGCUGUUGGAUCAGCCUCUAAAGGAAAGGGUGGAGAGAUUCAACCAGUUAGCGUGAAAACUGGAAAUAAAGUUCUUCUCCCAGAAUAUGGAGGCACCAAAGUAGUUCUAGAUGACAACGAUUAUUUCUUAUUUAGAGAUGGUGACAUUCUUGGAAAAUAUGUCGACUGAAAUAUGUUUCUACUGAAGUGGCAUCACGUGAAGCUGCCCAUUCCACUGAAGUUCUGAAAUCUUUCAUCAUGUAAAUAAUUUCCAUGUUUCUCUUUUAUAAUAAACUAAUGAUAU